CCAAUUUGAUUGUUUUUCCAAUUGAAAUGAUAAAAUGGAUAAUGAGGAUAUUUGCAAACAUCAUUGCACUAGUUGCAUGAAUCAAGCCCGCGAUGUCCUAUUCUCUUGCGUUGAGUGUGAAGAUUUUUCGCUUUGUUUACAGUGCUAUGUAUAUGGCACGGAAAUUGGCUCACAUAAACGUGAUCAUGAAGUGAAAAUGAUCGAUCUGGGAACGUUUCCUAUAUUCAAAAUGAAUAAAGGUAGUAUUGAUGCACCAAUGGAAACAGAUGAUUUGGAUUCAGCAGUUGAUAAUGAAAUUGAUAACAUUGCAAAAGAUGACCAGGAAUUUGAAAAAUUUUUGAGCGAAGAAUUAGGGAUAGAGUUCACUGUAAAUCAUGUAAUCAAAGAGACACAAACACAAUUGCCAGCUCGUAUGGAUACCGGCCAAGAAGAAUAUGAAUGGCGAGCAAUGGAUGAUAAAGCACUAUUUGAAGCGCUGACUCGUGUUGGUUACGGUAACUGGAAAGAUGCUGCCAACUAUAUAAAUACAACUCUCGGGACUAAUAUAUCACCAGCCGAAGUCGAACGCCAUUACAACAUUCAUUACAUUGAUGGACUAAUUGGGCGUCUAUGUUGGACAUGGAUGUUUACCGAUUCUGUGGUAAAACAAUUGUCACGGUUUCCGUUCACUAUACGAGGCCAUCAUGAUAAACUUCAAUCAAAUAAAGAUAAUUGUUCGAAUAUAUUUCGUGAUAUUCCACAAGCGGAAUUAGAUUCUCUUGGUUAUUUACCUAAACGUGAUGAUUUUGAAAGAGAAUUUGAUAAUGAAGCAGAAACAUUGAUAUCGAACUUGACGCUUGGUUCUGAAAGUGAAGAUGACAUUGAAAAGAAAUUCAAAUUAGCUCAGAUUGAUGUUUAUCAGCGAAGGUUGAUCAAUCGCUUUCGUAAAAAACUAAUCAUUCGUGUUAAUGAACUUAUCAAAUUGUUCUUAGAGGUUCAUAAAAAUGAGUUUUUUAAGGAUUCACUUCAAGCACGACGUGAUUCGAAUAGUAAAAUAUUUAAAGAUUUUCAAGAAAAGUAUCCAAUGUUUAUGCCAUUUGUACGAUAUCUACGCAAACCAGAUCUUACUUCUUUAUUUCAAGAUGUAGCCACCGAGCAAGUAUUGAAAAUAAUGUUGAAGAAAGUCCUUUUAUUUUCAACAUUAUCAACGAGUAAUCUUGAUAAUUUGAAAAAUGAGGAUAAAAUCAAAAUGAUUCAAGUGUUUAACAAAGCCAUCAAUCAAAAAGUUGAACAAAACACCGGUGAUGGCAAAGCAGAAACGAAUAUGACUGAUAAUAGCUCGACGAAGUUGUCCACGAAACUAACUAAAAAUGAUUCAAUAGAUGUAGAAGAUUUGGACGAUAUGGAUGAAACUGAUAUAAUGAACGUGUUAUUCGCAGAUGAAAAUCAAGCCGAUCGGGAGUGUUUAAAUCUAAUAAUCAAUCACAAAUCAAUUCAAUCGCUAAGUCGUUCAAUAGCAGAUUUCAUACAAAAAUCUGGCGAUGUUGAAUUUAUGAAAGAAAUGUCAAAAUUUAUUAACCAACAGCAAUCAUCAUAUUGGAAAAAUGAAACAGAAAACGAAACAUUACCUAUAUCUAGUUCACCAAAAAAGAAAAUGAAACCCGAUCCGGAUAGUUGGACAUCAGAAGCCGAUGAAUCAGAAUCAUUGGCUCAUUUACUUUCUGAUACGGAAACGAAAUUAUGUGCUGAAUUGAAAAUAGAAGCAUCGUUGUUUGUUAAAAUGAAAAAUGUUCUUAUCAAGCAACAUAAAAAAUAUCCAAAAGCAGCGCGACAUCGAUUAAAUCUGGAAAAUAUAAUAACCAAACAUUAUUAUGGCCGUGAGCAUUUGGAAACUUUGCGACGAAUUCAUAAUCAUUUGAUUGUAAGCGGUGAAAUAUCAUCACCAGCUACCACCACAAUGAGUGAUUCAGGAAAACGAACAGCUACCAAAAGUAUAUCGACGGGUAGUCUUGCAAGUGCCGGUAUCGGUGCAGGCCUUCCCAUUGAAUUUCAACCUGAAGUAGUUAUUCACCGUGAAAAUCUACCACCAAAUCUAACUCCAGAAGGUCUAAGUGUUGAUCCGAACGUUCGAAUUUUUGAUUCAAUUGUCUAUCUUAUCUAUUGUCCAGAACAUGAUCGUAUCGCAGUAACUAAUGUGGAAAGAGCACGUUGUGUUUGGUUUCCAUUCGUAUGUCUUAAUGAACAUCAAACAUGGAUUCAAGCUGCACGAUCAGGUGUUGAUCUAAUCAUCGGCCGUAAAGAUGCCGAAGCUGAUGCUGAAGAAGCGGCCAAAAAAGCUCCAGUAUAUUCCAUAAGUUAUCUCAACAUAUUGCGUAUACAAUUGCCACCGGAAAAAUUCGUUACACGCUUAGCCAUGUUGGUGACGUUGAAAAAAUCACCUCAAAGUUCGUUUCAAUGUUGUCAACGUUCGAUGCGAAUUAAUUGGCUUCGUGCAAGUGACAUUCUUGCUGAUCGUAUCGAUAAAAUAUGGGGACCAGAACUAAAAAAUUUCACCCGUAUUGUCAUUGGUAUCAAUGAACGACGUAAACUAAUAACUGAAUUCAGUUUGGAGAAUUCAUUUUAUCAUUAUUUUACAAAAGAAAAUUCAAUCGAAAAAAAACUGCUCAAAGCAUCACACAUCAAACCAGAGCAUAUAGCGGAAAUUUAUGAAAACUUUGUUGAACACUGCUAUCCAUCGUUUUAUAUGUCAUUCGAAUCGUUCAAACAUUACCUUAUUAAAUAUGGUUUUGAUCGUAAUGAUCCUCGUAUCGCAUUUCUAUUUCGUGCUUGUAGCUUAUAUGACAAUGAUUUUCUACAUUUCCACGAAAUGCUUCUUGGCAUUAUUGCCAUGGAACCGACAACUAAACAUUUUACUGAAGGUCGUUUGAAUUUCCUAUUUAAAUAUUACGAUACGUCUAAUCAUGGAUUCCUAAGACUUGAAGAAUUCAUCGUAAUGGUCACUGAUAUACAUAAAUAUUCAACCAAUACAAGUCUAAAUGAAGAAACUUUGAAAACUGAAAUCGAAAAAGCAAUUCGAUGUGUAGGAAUGAAAGAUGAACGAAUUGCCAAAGAUAAUCUAAUCAAAGCUAUAUUGAACAAUUCAUUUAAGAAUACCGAAAAUCUUUGCCGUUCGCCAAAACCGAUUCUUCCGCAAAUAUCAAGGUUAAUGCAAACAAAAAUCUCAGAAAAAAGUGGAUCGUCAUCGUCGACCGAAGGAUUUCUUGUCGCCAAUCGACGAUCAAAAAAAGGAACAUGUAUUAAAUGUCGUGAUCAACAUUACGAAUAUUGUUUACAUUGUGUGACCUUCGAUACUGUUGGGCGAUGUGUCGCACCAACUCUCAUCUCUGAACAAUGGAUCGAGCCAGCAUUGGAUAACGAAAUGAAUCAGCAUAAAUAUUCAAUGGAUUUUACAUUCAAUAACAGUUCCGUGCCAAAUAUAUUCAUAGAUUUGAUAAAAGAUUUUUACAAUAAAACUAAAAUAGAAGGCAAUCAACAACUGAUAGGAUUGAUGGCUGUACGCGAAGAUUGGAAAAUUUUUUCUCGUUAUGUCAAUAUUUUAUGUGAAGAGUUGAAAGGACUUUUGAUGUCUGAAGAUAAAUUGAUCAAAAUUAAUUCACCGGCAAUCGUAGUUGGAGAUAUGCAAGGAAAUUUGAACGAUUUGUUCACACUGGAAAAGAUCUACUUUCAAGGAUUCCCUGUAACACCAUAUAAUCUAGUCUUUCUUGGCAAUUAUAGUGGAAUCGGAUCGUAUGGUGUAGAAAUGAUCACCUAUCUGUUUUCCCUUAAACUAUUGCUACCAAACAAGGUAUUUUUAUUACGUGGUACGAAUGAAAUGAAAUCGAAAAGUCGAAGAAUCCUACUACAAGAAUGUUUACAGAAAUAUGGACCAGAUUUUGGACAGAAAAUUUUUGCUGUUAUAUCAGAAAUUUUUGCUAGACUUCCAUUUGGAGUGAUUAUCGAUGAGAAUAUAUUCUGCUGUCAUUCGGGCAUACCGAAAUGGAAUAAAAUAGACAAGAUCAAUCAACUAGGUCAUGAUGUAUUUUCUGUGCUGAAAGAAGCACCGAUCGCUUAUGAAUUAUUGGUUAACACACCAUAUGGUAUGGAUGACUGUUUGUGCUCUGGAAUUGCAUCAAAAGAAUCCUCGGGUAAAUCAAAAAGCUUGAAACAUACAUCAUUGGAUUCGAAGAGUUCGAAAAAAAUGCCUCACAAAAAAUUGGGCGCCAAUCUAGUGAUCGGUGUUACAGGAUUUACGGCCUCAGAACAUUCUGACUUCGUUAAUUCAUGUUCAUUUGAUCAUCAAGCAUUUCAGAAUUUUAUGCGUUCAUAUAAUUUUCAUUAUCUAAUACGUUCACAUUCAUUGCAAACCAACGAUGAUGGCUUUGACCUACGUUAUUCGAAUCGAUGUAUAAGUAUAUUUUCUUGCUCGAAACCAAAGUCCAGUCGAUCUACUGUUGCGUUUGUUGAUGGUAGCAAUCAACGUAUACGGCUAUUAUCAUUUGAACGUGAAACGGCUACACUUACGCAAACCAAUUCAAUCAUACAUAAAUGAACUCACCAAGACAUGAUAAUAAAAUUUUUCUACUAUAGUAAAUAAAUGUACAUAUCUAUUUGUUUAUGA